GGCCGGCCCGGGCCGUGGCGGCUGCUCCGUCUCUGCCUCCUCCUCUGCAUCUUCCGCACGUCGCGCCCGCGACUCUGGCCCCGUGGCAGCCUCGGCGGUGGCGGCUGGCGGGGCGGGAGAGGCGCCUCCGCGCACGAUGAAGGGUGCGGUGGGCAGCGCGGUGGCCGCCGUCACGCAGGAGAGCUUCGGCUGCGCCGUCGCCAAUCGCUUCUACCAGCUCCUGGACGACGACUCGGACCCCUUCGACAUCCUGCGCGAGGCCGAGCGCCGCCAGCAGCAGCAGCAGCGCAAGAAGCGCGACGAGGCGGCGGCGGGCAGAGCCGUGCCCCGCGGCAGGAGGGAGAGCCAGAAGGAGCGCAGGCAGCCGGGGGGCUCCGCGGCCGCCGCCGAGCCGCCGCUGACAGGCCAGAAGCGACCACCUUGGUGGGGAGAAGAGCAAGGCUUCAGCAACAGAGGAGCAGAGGUGAAACAGGACAAGGCUGCGUGGAGACCAUCUUUCUUGGAAUACCGUCCUGAUGGAGCACAAAGACAAGUGGAAUUCCAAGUGGAAAAGGAAAAAAAUCUUACUGGCUGUCAUCUUUGUAGGCCAGUGGAAAGAUUAGACUGUGAAAGACCAACAAGAGGUCGUGGUGGAGGACGAGGUGGAAUGCGAGGUAGAGGAAGAGGUGGUAGAAUAAACAGAAGUUUUGGUGGCUUUGACCAAAGAGGAAAACGUGAAUUUGAAAGACAGAGGGGGAAUGACAAAAGUGGGAUGGAACAGGCUGCACCUAUGGAAGAGACUGUAGAAACUGCUGAACAGCUAGGGACAUCUGAAGGAGACUCUCUGAGCAAAGCUGCUGAAGCAGAGCCAGUGGAAGAAGUAGUUCAAGAAAUGACAUUAGAUGAGUGGAAAAGUCUUCAGCAACAGAAUCGACCAAAGCCUGAAUUCAACAUCCGGAAGCCAGAAUCCACUGUUCCUUCCAAAGCAGUGGUGAUUCACAAGUCAAAAUAUAGCCAUGAUUUGCAGAAAGAAGCCUUUGAAUAUGAUUCUCCUGUCUUUCGAAAGCCGGUGAAUGACAUCACAUCUCAGCUGGAUAUUAAUUUUGGGAGCCUUCCUCGCCCUGGCUGUGGAUCAAGAGGGGCACGAGGUGGUCGUGGUGGAAGAGCUGGAGAGAUCAGACCUCAAUCAAAAGCAGUGGUGCAGCCUGUGGCUCCAAAUCCUGAUGAUCCCGAGGAUUUUCCAGCUUUGGCUUGAAGAACCACCAGGAAUGGUGGCCUCCCAAAGUAGCUUUGGAGUAGCUGUGAAGAGACCAGUUUUAUGCUGGGUGGGGAUAAAGAAAGCCUGUUUCCUUGUGGGAAAGUUGUUUAGGUGUUCGGUGUGAAAUGGUUGCAGCUGUCUGCUAAUAGAGGUGGGUCCUAGAAAUAUGGGUGGACUGGGAUCCUGUUGCAAAUCCCAGUGUCUCCUUUGUGAGAGCUGUGGGAAGGCUCACAGGACUUCACUACCAGGCUUCAAAUGAAGUUAAAGGGAACAGUGUUUUUACAAAAUGUGUAUAUAUAGAGAUUCUAUCAAGUUCUCCAUGCCACCAUGGUGAAAUGUGAACUGUACAAUUGAGACUCUUUCACUGUACAUUUGAAAGCUGAUUUUUUUGAGUGAAGUGUAUAUUUCAGACAGUCACGAGCUGCAGUUCUUCUUAGCUUGGCAAAUAAAGGAAAGUGCUCAUU